UCUCAUGUCACUAAAUCUUACUGCAAUGGAGAUCCAGACUACGAACUCUCUUUAUUCAAAUCAUGGAGGUGUUUUGGUGGUUGUUUCAGGAAUCGUUAAAAUCAGGGGUUCCAGUAAAAAGAGGAAAUUUGUUCAAAUCAUUUUUCUUAUACCUCUAGGAGAUGGUUACCUUAUUCUCAGCGAUAUCUUUCAGUUCAUUAAUGAUGAUGCAAGUACAUACCAAAAUCAAGCACCCAUUCCGUUAGGAGGCACAUUCGACACUCAACUGAAUUCUUCUAGCUCUCUUCCGGAGCCACAUGCUUUGGACUUUGUUUGGGGGCAAGAGAUGCAUGGAUUUGUGGAUGAAGUCCUUAGAGAGGAUGAUCCAGUUGGUGAGUGUAGUCUUGCACAGCAACAGCAGCAAGAGGAUUAUGGGAUUGAAACUGCGGGGGAAACUUCUGUAGGGGAGAAUGUGUCUGCUUCAUUUCAAAGCAUGGUAAACGCCAUGCACGAAGGGCCCCUAGCUCCAGCCAUGGAAGAACGUGUGGGAGAGGCACCAAAGAAAACUUAUGCUUCUGUUUUGCGAGGAUCUAAAGGACAGCCUGGACCAUCAUUUUCUGCCCGGCCAUAUUUAAAGAGAAGUUCCCCAGCUACUUCAGAGUGGAAUCAUACACCACAGCCUGCUGCUCAGCAUUCAAACUCUACAUUGUCAUUUGUGCCUCAAGCUAGCGUAGAUGCGGUGGAAUCUUUACAUGGAAAUUCCCCCGCUACUUCAGAGAGGAAUCAAACACCACAGCCUGCUGCUCAGCAUUCAAGCUCUACAUUAUCAUUAGUGCCUCAAGCUGGGGUAGAUGCGGUGGAUGAGGGCUUGCCAGUAGAAAAAGAAGGUGAACCGAAAUCUGUCUAUGUGACGAACUUGCCUCCUACUGUUGCCAAAAAAAAAAUCAGGAAGAAAUUCAAGACAUUCGGCCAAAUAAUACCCAAUGGCAUCUUGAUUAGGUCACAGAAUGAAAGUUGCUAUGCUAUGGUCGAGUUUGAAGACCUUAUUAGCGUCCAAAAUGCACUCGAGGCAUCUCCAAUACAAAUGGCUGGAAGUGAAGUCUACAUUAUAAGGAAGAUGCCAGUCGAGAGCAGUACUUAUCAAGCUGGAAGAAGGGGUAGAGGAAGAGGAAGAGGUAGAGGAAGUGACCAAAUGGUUGUCACAGGGGGAAGGUUUGAACUACUGGGAUGCUACACGGGAGAUGAUUAGGAUAGUGGUGGAUACAACAGACUGAGAGGCAAUGAUUCUUAUUAGCGUGGUUAGUGAUGAUGAGACGAAAAAGCCUUGGGCAAUCAUUCAUGGGUCAAGCAUUUUCCUUCAUGGUUCCAGGAAAUAUGUUGUAGUUUUUCAGAUGUGCCAUUUUACGUGACUGGAUUGUCGAGAAGCUUGUUUCUUAUUGUAGUCAAACGGUUUUUUUUUUUUUUCUUUUUAGUGACAAACAUUUCGUUAGUUUCAUGAUGAAUGAAGAGGAAUCGUUGCUGUUCUUUUCAUUGUGCUUAUCCCACAAGUAAGAUAAAAGAGUAGAUGCGCUUGGACAAUCUCGUAUCAAAAUGCUUGUUUUUGGACUCUGUGCAAGAGCCAAAUGCCCGGAAAAAAAGGUGAUGCAGGUCCUG